AUGCGCUUCUCAUCAGCCAUCCAGGUUGCUGCUCUCGUGGGGUUGACUUCAGGUCGAUCAAUCCCCGAGAACCAUGUCGUCCACGAGAAGCGCGGGGUCCCGAAUCCCAAGUUACACAAACGGGUUUCACCCGAUGUUGUGCUUCCCGUCAGAGUAGGCUUGAAGCAGAAUGUCAAGGCAAUGGAGCAGGCAGAGGAUUGGUUGGCGGAAAUUUCUCACCCUAGCUCUUCUUUAUACGGCAAACAUUGGACUCUGGAUGAGGUCGUUGAAGCCUUUAAGCCUUCCGAUGACGCUGUUGAAACAGUGGCUGCUUGGUUGAUCAAGUCUGGUAUCUCUAAAGAGAGAAUCACUCACAGUGAUAACAAAGUGUGGUUGGCCUUUGACGCCACCGCUGCAGAAGUCGAGAACCUGCUGAAUACCAAAUACUUCCAUGAUGAUCGAGACCGCGCUCUAGUCGCUACUCAUGAGUAUCAUCUGCCAGAGCAUGUGUCAGAACAUGUCGAUUACAUCACCCCCGGCGUAAAGGUCGCGCCUCAAUUCAAGUUCAAUCCUCACCGCCGACAACAACAAAUUAGACCUUUCCCUAAGCUACCAAAGAAGUCGACACCAGACGAUCUUUCAACUUGCGAUCAAACCAUUACGCCUAAAUGCUUGCAGGCGCUUUACAACUUCGAAGCCCCUGAUCCUCACGCCAAACCAGACUUUAAUGCAUUCUUUGCCGAAUACACCCCAUACAUUCCCAACGGCACUCAUCCCACUUUAGACUCAAUCGAUGGUGCCAAGGCCCCUGUAUCGCAAGGAAACGCUGGUGGUGAAAGCAAUCUCGACUUUGAACUCGCAUAUCCUAUCAUCUACCCUCAAACUACAACCCUCUUCCAAACCGACGAUGCAUUUUAUGCCCAACAAUUCACUGGCGUCUUCAACACCUUUUUUGACGCCCUUGAUGGCUCCUACUGUACUUACUCUGCUUUUGGAGAGACGGGCAACGAUCCCACGCUUGACCCUCCUACUAACGUAAUCUCCAUCUCAUAUGGUGUUCAAGAGAGCGAUCUCCCCGCAAACUACCAGAAGCGCCAGUGCCAAGAGUUCUUGAAACUUGCUCUACAGGGCGUGUCUGUCUUCGUAGCCAGCGGCGAUACUGGAGUGGGCGGUUAUCCUGGAGAUACUGAUGCGGAUUUCUACGGUUGUCUACGAGAUGAUGAUGUCUUUUCUCCCACACACCCCAACAGCUGCCCGUGGUUGACAAAUGUUGGAGCCACAAAGGUCUACCCAGGAAAGACGGUCCAUGAUCCUGAGAGUGCUGUCUUUGAUCCCAGCCCCUCUUUCAACUACAGCAGUGGUGGUGGCUUUUCCAACAUCUACCCAAUUCCCAAGUACCAACAAAGUGCCGUUGCCAACUACUUCAAGAAAUACAACCCAUCAUACCCAUACUAUGAAAAUGGCCAAUACCAAAAUAGCACGGGCAUCUACAACCGGAAUGGACGAGGCAUCCCCGAUGUGGCAGCCAAUGGUGAUAACAUUGCAGUUUGGGUGCAAGGCCAGAAGGGGCUCUCCGGCGGCACAUCUGCUUCAGCGCCCAUUUUCGCAUCGCUCAUUAACCGCAUUGUUGAAGAGCGCAUCAAGAUAGGAAAGGGACCAUUGGGACUCAUUAACUCAGUGCUGUACGAAAACCCAGGAGUGUUGAACGACAUCACGAAUGGAACCAACCCUGGUUGCGGCACCCUUGGAUUCAAUGCCACCAAGGGAUGGGAUCCUGUUACUGGACUGGGCACACCCAACUAUCCCAAGAUGCUCGAGUUGUUCUUGAGCUUGCCUUGA